AUGGCUCAAUUCGCCUAUGAAGGAUCUACACGACCUUAUUUCACUUCAUUCGUCCCUUCUUCUAUUACCACCACUACCAGUAUCAGCCCCAACACCAGAAGUGAACUUACUCAACUUGAAGAUCAUUCGAAUUUAGACUCCGGGAAUUCCACUCCAACUUUAUCAAGUGGUAUCUCAUCGUCUUCUUCAACGUCAACAUCAACAUUAUGUACGCCCGAUACUUCACCUACUUCCACUCCACAUCCAACGGGAUCAGAACGAAUGAACGCUCUCUUCGAUGAUGAUGACGUGGGUAUCGAAAAGAUGAUAUCGUUACUCACAUCCGAUGUUAAUAUCACGCAAGAUCAACGAAGCACGAUGGCGGAUACCGUCAAGUGUUAUCGAAGACAUGACGAGUUGACGCUGUGGGUAGAUAGAGAGGGUCAAGACAGGGGGGUGAAGUUGAUACUGGAAGAGGGGAGGAGAAGAUGGGCAAUUUGGAAGGAAGUGUAG